UUUGCAGGCACUUGUGAUGAAAUUUGCGUGCAAUUUCUAGCGUGGUAAUAAAUGAAUGAAUGAAUUUGAUGGGAAAGAAAAAAAAUAAACAUAAUAAGGAAGCAAACUAUGAUGAGUCUUCUAGGGAUAUAGAAGGGGAAGAUGAAUCCGCUAUCAUCAAUAAUGACACUAAUGAGGGAUCCAAUACCACUACAUCAACCAUACAUGAUUACAGCAAGACCAUGACAUUGAGACCCGAUUACUCUUCUCGGCCACUCUGGGUUACCCCUAGUGGGAGAAUAUUUUUGGAAGCAUUUUCACCUGCUUAUGCCACUGCACUAGAUUUCCUCAUUGCCAUAUCUGAGCCAGUUUCCAGAACAGCUCUAAUCCAUGAGUAUAGGUUAACACCUUAUUCUUUAUAUGCUGCCGUAUCUGUUGGAGUCACAUGCCAAAGGGUCCUUGCCUAUUUAGAUAGGUUAAACAAGGCCACUAAAUUAGACGAUGGCUUGGUUAAAUUUAUUGAAGCUUGUACCAGCAGUUAUGGCAAAAUCAAGCUUGUGUUGAAACGGAAUAGAUAUUUUAUAGAGAGUCAAUAUGCUGAAGUAAUUCAAAAAUUAUUAAAAGACGAAAUUAUAAAAGAAUGCUGGAGAAGAGGAGAACAGGACAAUGAAUUUUCUAAAGAUGUCAAUCAAAAACAAUCUUCUCAACCCUACAAAAAUAUUGGUGAUGUAACGAAAAACGAUAAACUGGCCGAAAAUCACACCGAAAUACCGGAAGAUAUCCUGUCAUAUUACAAAAUGCUCGAGGAAGAUGAAGAGGAAGGCAAUGAAAGGGGGUUGGACGGUUCGGACAAUAUAUCCUUUGAAAUUAAACAAGAGAAAAUCGAGAUUUUACAAAAAAGGUGUAUUGAACUUGAAUUGCCUCUCCUUUCUGAAUACGAUUUUAGAUCCUCCACUUCAAACACCACGAAUAUACCCCCAUUUCGUUUGAGACCCACUGCAUGUCUCAGACCUUACCAAGAAAAGUGCUUGAAGAAAAUUUUCGGGGGAGGUGCCGGCAAAGGGAGAGCCAGAUCAGGAGUGGUAGUUCUUCCCUGCGGUGCCGGAAAAACACUGGUGGGCGUUGCAGCUAUAUGUACCGUGGCCAAACCUGCUCUCGUUUUAUGCACGUCGGGUGUGAGUGUGGAACAAUGGAGAGCACAGGCCAAACUUUGGAGUACUAUAGAAGACGCCCAAAUAUACCGGUUCACAUCUGACACUAAAAUGUCUCAAUCCCUCCUAGCCACCAGUAUAUCUAAGUGCUCCAUAUGUAUCACCACGUAUAGUAUGAUAGCUCACACAAACAAAAGGUCUUGGGAAGCCGAAAGAGUCAUGGAACAGUUAACAUUGAGGGAUUGGGGUAUCAUGGUUUUAGAUGAGGUGCACACGAUUCCUGCCAAGAUGUUUCGGCGUGUGCUCACUAUAGUCAGAUCUCAUUGCAAAUUGGGUCUCACGGCCACGCUCGUCAGGGAAGAUGAUAAGAUAAGGGAUUUAAAUUUCCUCAUAGGUCCUAAACUAUACGAAGCUAAUUGGCUUGAACUUCAAAACAAUGGUUACAUAGCGCGUGUCCAAUGCGCCGAAGUGUGGUGCUCUAUGAACAAGGCUUUUUUCGCUGAGUACUUAUCCAUGUCCAGCAUAAAAAAACUCCUAUUAUGUGUAAUGAACCCGGAGAAAUUUCGGGCUUGCCAAUUUCUCAUCAAUUUUCACGAGGCCCGUAAAGAUAAAGUUAUCGUUUUCUCCGACAACGUUAUGGCUCUGAAACACUACGCCCUUACUUUGGGUAAACCGUACAUAUAUGGCCCUACGAGUCAGCAAGAGAGAAUACACAUCCUGCAAAAUUUCAUGCACAACCCUAAGAUCAAUUGCAUAUUCGUUUCCAAAGUGGCGGAUAAUUCUUUCGAUUUGCCAGAAGCGAACGUUUUAAUACAAAUUUCUUCUCAUGGAGGUUCUAGGAGACAAGAGGCCCAAAGGCUCGGUAGAAUUUUGAGAGCUAAAAAAGGUACAACAAAUACAGAGGAAUUCAAUUCUUUUUUUUAUAGCCUAAUUUCCCAAGACACCUUGGAAAUGCAUUACGCCAUCAAGAGGCAAAGAUUUCUCAUCAAUCAAGGCUAUUCUUACAAGGUUGUUACUCACCUUAAUGGGAUAGAAAAGGCUGAUCUAUUUUACUCUACUCAGCAAGAACAAAAUCAGUUAUUGCAAAAAGUUUUAACCGCAACUGAUGAAGAUCUCGUGGAAGAAAAUACGAAUGAUCCGGAUGAUAUCAAUGCUGAUACAAAGGCUACUUGGAGAACCGGAAAAAUAAGUUCGUUAUCGGGUGCCGAUGAAAAUGUUUAUAAGGAAUAUUCCACAAAAAUGAAUCGCAACAACAAAGACAAACACAUACACCCUUUAUUCAAAAAAUUCCGCAAAUGAGAUUCUAUAUAGAUGAAUUUGUAUACAAAUUAACUCAAACAAUCUAUAAAUUUCAAUUUAAAGAAUCCUUCUACAUAAUAUUAUUAUUUUAUAAAGAUUUUUAUUUAUUUUUUACAAGUGUCUGUAAAUAUUUUAUAAU